AUGAAUGACGAUAUGGACUCAAAACAAAAAAGAACAAGAAUAAUGGUUACUAUUGCAACAAUAGCUGUGAUUGUUAUUUGCAUUGCUUUGAUAAUUUAUUCAAUUGUUUACAAUGUUAUAAAUAAUAAGUUCAAAAGGCCAAUGUUGUUCAUUAAAAAUGGUGAUGAGGCGGAAAUAAUGAAAGCUAUCAAUUCUGAUUCAGUAUUAAAUAGUUCAUAUAAAACAUUAGUCAAAUCUACUGAUAAGAUACUCAAUACAUCAGUACUUACAUAUACACUAAAAGGAAAAAGAUUACUAGAAAUAUCGAGAGAAGCUGUUCGAAGAAUCUUUUUCUGUUCAACAUUAUUUAGAUUAACAGAUGACAAAAAAUACUACGAUAAAGCAUUAGCAGAGAUAAAUGCUGUAUGUGCAUUCGAAGAUUGGCAUCCUUCUCACUUCCUAGACGUUGCAGAAAUGACAACUGCAGUUUCUAUUGGAUAUGAUUGGCUUUAUAAUAAUUUAACAAAGAAAGAUAGAGAAUCUAUUCGUCAAUGCAUAAUUAAAAAUGGAAUUAAUCCAUCUUUAAAUAAAUCAUUGAAUUAUUUCUUAAGAACGACAAAUAACUGGAACCAGGUGUGCAAUUCCGGUAUGACAUUAGCUGCUAUUGCAUUACGCGAUACAGAUUUAAAUCUUUCCGAUUAUAUUAUUAACAGAUCUGUUAAUAGUUUAAAGAUUUCAAUGGGUGAAUACUCACCGGAUGGAAACUAUCCAGAAGGAUAUGGUUAUUGGGGUUACGGUACAACUUAUGCAGGAAUUAUGUUCGCAGCUUUAGAUCGUUUCUUUGGCCACACGUAUGAAAUGGCUGAGUGGCCAGGGUUUGCAGAAUCAGGCAAAUAUAUUCAAUAUAUGGUUGGAACAAGUGGUCUUAAUUUUAAUUAUUACGAUUCUGGAGAAAAAGGAGGAAUUAAUCCAAUUUUGUUCUGGUUCGCAUAUUAUUUUGAUGAUCCAUCAUAUAUAUUCUAUGAUAAUUACUUAAUGGACGUCAAAAAGAUGACAUCUGGCAGUUAUUACCUUCCAUUAAUUUUAAUUUACGGAUCAAAACUGAAAAGAGAUAAAAUCAAACCUCCUGAAAAGAAAAUAUUCUAUGGAAAAGGCACAACACCAGUCAUAUUAGUCAGAACAAGCUGGGAUGGAGCAAAUGGAACUUCAUUUGGAAUAAAAGGUGGACGUGCAAAAGAUUCUCAUGCACACAUGGAUGCAGGAUCAUUUGUAUUUGAUGCUCUUGGUGUAAGAUGGGCUUCUGAUUUAGGUUCAUCUGAUUAUACAACUUUAGAGGCAGAAGGAGUUGAUUUAUGGAACUUUAAACAGAAUUCUACAAGAUGGAGUAUGCUUAGAUUAGGAACAAUUCCUCAUAAUACAAUAACUAUUGAAGGCGAAAGACAUAACGUAGAAGCCAAAUCAAAUAUCACUAAAGUCUAUGAUUCUGAUGAUAAUAAGUUAGGUGGACAGAUAGACAUAACAGAAAACUUCUUUGGAAAACUUAAAUCAGCUGUUAGAGAUGCAAUUUUAAUUAAUCAAAAAUAUUUAGAAAUAACAGACAAUAUAAUCGGUGGUAACUCGAAAGUAAACAUUGUUUGGACAAUGACAACUCGUGCAAAUACAACAUUGACUGAUUCUAAAACAGUAACGUUAACAAAUGGAAAGAAGACUUGCAUAUUAAAUGUAAAGAGUCCUUCCGAUUGUACAAUUUCAUUUGGAGACAAUAAACCAUCCAAUGAUUUUGAAGAAUCUAAUGAAGGCACAAAAAAAAUUUUGAUCAAAACUUCUGUCGCAGCCGGUGAAUCAAAGCAAAUCAAAGUUACACUCACACCUCAAUAA